AUGGAACCUAACACAAGCUCCUGGGCGGAGGCACAACGUUGGCUCACCAUCGCCGAGAAACUCCUGAUCUCCGGUGAUCUUAUCGGAAGCAAAACAUUCGCGAUCCGGGUCAAAGAGUCCGACCCGAAUUUCGAGACGGCUUACCAAAUCCUAGCAGUGGCGGACACAUUACUUGCCGGCGAUAAGAGAAUCAACGGCCAACGGGACUGGUACGCGAUUCUCCAACUUGUCGGACCGACCCAUGACUUGGAACUCAUCUCGACUCAGUACCGCCGACUCGCUCUUCUUCUCCAUCCAGAAAGGAACAAGCUUGCCUUUGCUGAACAAGCCUUCAGGCUCGUCAUCGAUGCUUGGUCAGUUUUAUCGAACCCUUCGAAAAAGUUCUUAUAUGAUAACGAGCUCAAUCUCUCUUUAAAUCUCACUCCAAACCCAGUUCUAUUUCCAAACCCCCCAAACCCAGUUGGGUCUGGGUCUGUGUCUGGGUCGAGUCGAGAGCAAGAAAGUCAAAAUCAUCAGCCACCACAGCAAGAGCAAUUGAAACAAAACCCUUUGAAUAGCAGUUAUAAUUAUGAUAGUGGUGGAAAGGGUAAUGAGAAGAGUGUAAGAGAGGAGGUUUCGCGAUCAGUGCAUGUUGAACCUGAUCAAAGUUCGAAUUUUUGGACUGCUUGUCCGUAUUGUUAUCAUAUGUAUGAAUAUCCUAAGAUUUAUGCAGAGUGUACACUUCGGUGUCAAAACUGUAAAAGGGCGUUUCAGGCGGUGGUAAUUUCGUCGCCACCGCCGAUUGUUGAUGGGAAAGAAGCUUAUUUUUGUUCUUGGGGGUUUUUCCCAUUGGGGGUUUCGGCGUUGAAUUUGGAUAAAAAUAAGGGGCUUUCAGGUUGGACACCUUUUUCGCCUAUGUUUACCUGUCCUCAGAUGUGCGUAGUGCCAAACCUCAGUUCAGCACUUCUAGUAGAGAGAAACAGUAGUUUUCUGUUUUACAAAGGUGAAAUUACUGAUAGGCCCCCACCAUCAACACCUGGUCAACGCCAACAAACUUAG